AUGACUAUGUGUGUAACAAUAUCUAGAUUGACUGCAAGCAUAGUGCAUGGUUUGGUAUGGGGAUGGAAAAUCAACCACUCCAGAGCCAAGUCAAACUCGUCUGCAACUCCAGUGACUUUUCCUUCAGUUAAGAGCAGUACCUUUGAGACAGUUGAGAAAGUGAUGGCUGGACCUGAUUCUUUUGAUUACACUGCAUCACGCAUGGGAAGAUCUACGGCCGCUCUUGUUGGUGAUAUGGACCCAUAG